AUGCCCGACACCAGUCCUUUCCGAGUCGAGGGUUCUCACACUGGGAUUGCGUCCUGCGCUUACCAGCAUGGUGUCAAACAGAUUCCCGACGGGCUUGAAAUCCUUCUCCUCUUUCCGUAUGAUCAGCUCCUAACACACCUCCGUUGGUGCGUCCGAUCUUCCCGGCUGGUCGGUCCCGACUCGCGCCAGGCGUGGGGAGGGAGGGAAUGGGAUAGCGUCGUGACGGAACAGAGAGCGUAG